ACCAGUUGAUACACGCGAUGUCCGCUCUCCUGUCUUCUCUUUGCUUGUUGUUCAGUUUCUCUAAUUUUAUAUUUCUUAACGUGAUAGUGUCGGUAAAGAAUUCGUCGCGGCUAGGAGUUCAUGAGUGGUGUUAAGUUUCAAGGUCGUGAAAGAGAUCAAGUAUUAAUUCCUUUCGUUAUUGGUUGCUGCAGUUACAUUUCAGAUUGCCUCGGCAAUCUGACGUCUUGGAGGUUAGUCAACGUCAAGCGCACAACACGUUUAACAAGAACCUACAUAACUUCCAUCCAAGAAACCAGUGCAGAACCAGUAAGAGUUCGUGAUAUUCUCGAUCGGAAGUCGUAGUGUUAAAAGGACGACAUAGUUAAUUUGACACGAAGGAGUUGACGAUUGUGCAUUUCUCAAAAUGGAAUUAGCAUUGUCAGCGUUGACAACCCUCUUGGCAAAUUUACGGUUCAAUCUUGUGGAAAUGGCGAACGCAGUCACGCAGAGAGUCAUCUGGGGCCUGAUGUUCGUUUUGCGCUGCUUCAUAAUACCGGUAACGAGGCUUCGUAAGUUCACCGAGAGGAAGCAAUGUCCACCGAUCAGGAACAAGAUACUCCUGCUGUCGGCGACGGAGAUUGCCACGAGGAUUCGUAAGAAGGAGUUAACCAGCGAAGAGGUCGUCGCUGCUUACAUUGACAGAUGCAAAGAGGUGAAUCCAGUGGUGAACGCCAUAGUGCAGACGCGCUUCGACGAUGCUCUGGAAGAGGCGCGCAAGGUUGACUUUUCCCUUGAGGCUAACGGAAAGAACAAGGAGGAACUGUCUCGUGAAACUCCGUUGCUUGGAAUUCCUGUAACGGUUAAGGAGAGCAUAGCCGUGCGUGGCUUGAGCCAUUGUGCAGGGACGCAGAAGGAGACUCCGCGAACUGCCAAGGAGGACGCCGAGGUCGUCAAGAGGAUUCGAGAAGCCGGUGGGAUACCUAUUUUAGUUAGUAACACACCGGAAAUGUGCAUGUGCUGGGAAAGUUACAAUAAAGUCACCGGAACCACGUGGAAUCCAUACGACACGAAAAGGACAGCCGGCGGCUCUUCCGGUGGGGAGGCAGCCCUAUUGGGAUCCGGCGCAUCCGUAUUGAGUCUCUCAUCGGACAUAGGAGGAUCCGCACGACUUCCGGCUAUGUUUUGCGGAGUCUUUGGUCACAAGCCGACACCAGGAUGGGUGUCCACCGUUGGUCAUAUGCCGAAUUGCGACGACAUAAGUUGGACCAUGUUUUUCAGCAUUGGUCCAAUGGUCCGUUACGCCGUAGAUCUUCCGCUUCUUCUGAACGUCAUGUCAGACCAUCCCUUAGCAGCUGUUCAACUGAAUAAGAAGGUGGCAUUGAAGGACAUGAAAUUUUUUUAUAUGGAGGACGACUGUGGCUCCGGUGCUACGGAUGCCGUAGACAGAGAAAUCAAAUCAGGAAUAAGGAGACUAGUGAAGCAUCUCGAAACGGCUCACGGAAUUAAGGCUAUAAAGGCAGAAUUGACAGACAUGAAGUUCGCUUUUGAAAUAGCGACUACUAUUCUGUUGGGAAUCGACGGGGCAGAUUCAAUUUUUAUGAAGGAUUCAAAUCCAUAUGAAUGGAAAAGCGUCUUCGUAGAAGUAUUAAGAUACGUCUCCCUCUUGUCUCCUCACACAUUUCCAAAUAUUGCUUAUGGAGUUCUUAAGAGAAUCGCUGAGAAAAUACCUCGGGCCCACUACGAAAAAAUGGUGGAGAAGAACGCGUCCUUGAAGAAGCAAUUUGAGGAUCUUCUCGGCGAUAAUGGCGUACUGAUUUAUCCAACAUUCGUCUCCGCAGCACACUACCCAUACGAGAUUUAUCACAAAGUCUGUAACGUAUCUUACAUGAUGAUUUUCAAUUCUUUGGGUCUUCCAGUUACGCAGUGUCCAAUGGGACUCAAUAGAAAUGGCCUUCCGAUUGGUCUGCAGGUGGUGGCCAAUCCUAAUAACGACCAUUUGAGUAUAACGCUUGCUCGUGAAAUCGAAAAGGCAUUUGGUGGCUGGCGGGAACCGGUUAAUAAUGAGAAAAUGGUCUGACACAAUUGUAUUAUGAUCCGUAAGAUCGAAUUAGAAAUUUUUCACACCGAUGAAUGUGGAUCACACGUAAAUAUGUCGAAGAGCUGUCUGUGCAUUUGAUUUCCGUUUACAGUGCAGAAGAACGUUUUAACGAACUUAAACAACGGCAGGGCCUACCGAACAACCAAAUUAUCUUCAGGAGAACUGUAACGAGACUCAUGUUUCUUUAUAGAAUUUAAACAAGACGACAUUGUACUAUAUUUAUGAUAUCUUUUUUUUUUUUUCUAUGAAAAAAAUAAUAAGUAUUAACGACACGAGUCUCGCGAUCGUUAUUCUCGUGGUUUACUAGCUUUUAAUGAGCUCCAGAAAGGUAGUCGUAAAAUAAAAAUUAAUAUUUCUUUUCCAAAC